UCUGAUUAUUCUCCACUCAAAAACCCACCCAGAAAAACUAGCCGUUACCCCUUUGCCUCCCUUUAGUUCCCUUUUUUGGGUGUUUUUUCUUUCAAUUCAUCAAAUCUUCAAUCAAUCAACUUUUAUCCCUAAUUUUACAAUCCACUGCAUCUCUCUCUCUUCAAUUCACCUUCAACUACAAAUCUUCAACACCCACAAAAUCAAAUUUCGAUUUGAGAAUUACCCAGUUGAUAAAUCUUGAAAAAAUUUCUAGGGUUUUCAAUGGCUUCAAAAACUGUUGCUAAAGAUAUCAUCACACUUCGUGGGUCCGCAGCAAUUGUCAGUGAAUUCUUUGGGUAUGCUGCUAACAGUAUUUUGUAUAAUAGAGGUGUAUACCCAGAAGAAAGUUUUGGCAAAGUAAAAAAAUAUGGAUUGCCAAUGCUUUUAACUCAAGAUGAAGGUGUUAAAUCCUUUAUUACUAAUCUUACUGCUCAACUUUCAGAAUGGCUUGAAUCUGGGAAAUUACAGAGAGUAGUUUUGGUGAUAAUGAGUAAAUCUACGAAUGAAGUUCUUGAAAGAUGGAAUUUCAGCAUUGAAACUGAUAAUGAAGUGGUUGAAAAAGGGGUAUCAAGAGAAAAGAGUGACAAGGAAAUUAUGAGGGAAAUUCAAGCAAUUAUGAGGCAAAUUGCCUCUAGCAUCACUUACUUGCCUUGCAUUGAUGAACCCUGUGUUUUUGAUGUUUUGGCAUAUACUGACAAGGAUUUAGCUGUGCCAUUUACUUGGAUUGAGAGUGAUCCCAAAUUGAUUAAUAAUCCUCAAAUGGUGAAACUACAUUGUUUUGAUACUAAGAUUCACAAGGUUGACACUAUAGUGUCUUACAAGAAUGAUGAGGAAUGGGAUGAAUAGUAAAAGGAAGUGCUUUUUUUUAGGCAGAAAGAAUUUCAAUUGGAAUAUUAUGAGUGUUCUCUUUUGUGUGUAAUAUGUGAAUCAUUGAUUCACAAUUUUGUAUCUUCAGUGAAGUUUGUACCAAGUAAUGAUGAAUUGCAUGUUAUCAUUCUACUUA